AUGGCAGGUCCUCAUCCACAGCUCAUCUACGGACGCUCCCUCAAUAACUUCUUCCGUCGAUGCGUCCUCAAUUGCCCUGCAGAGUCGCCUCCCUGUCCCGAGUGCGGCAAAGGUGAAACCUGCUCCUUGAUCUCCCAGUCCUGUAACGCCUGCCAGAGCACUGUCUGUAUCUCCGUUGCCUCUGUUGGCGGCGGCAAGGGGAUCGAAAAGUCCAAUUCAAAAUCAGAUACAGGCGCCAUUGCUGGUGGAGUCCUUGGUGGUCUGGCAGUGAUCACCGUGGUGUUCCUGGCGUGGUUCUACAUUCGGAAGAAACGGAGGAGUGCUGCGCAAAGCCAGCAAUGGGAGCCUGAGGGCUACGAGAAGCAGCCAGAUGGAUUUUUCAUGAAUAGCAGGGCUCGACAGUCUGCUGCGGGUUCCAUUGCCUCCACCGUCCUCACCCGCGCAUCCAAUGUCAUCCAGAUUGCCUAUAUUCCAGGUGUCACCAACCGCUCUCCACCAGAUACCCCGGGUAUUCUUGUUCCUCCUGUUCCUCCACUCCCCACUGCCGCUGGAAGCAGCACCUCUAGCCAAGAUCAGCACUUCUUCAUCCCCGGGGAUAUCCGCGACUCAGUUUGGUCUGAGAUGACAGAGGAUGACUGCAAGAGCAUCAGUCCUAGUCUCGCACGCAGCAGCGUUGCUACCACCAUCUACCGCAACAAUGCCAUCGUCAGCCCCGUUCCCGCUCAACAGGCUCUUCGUGCGAAAGCCGCUGUUGUCAGUGUCAAACCUGGCACUAGCAGUCCCUCCGAUACUUCUCGUUCUUCGACCCCUGCUGUUCCUCCAAUUACUGCUUCCCAGAUAGUCAAGGCCAAAGCCGUGGCAGCCAAAACAGUAAAUAAUAUCAACAACAUAGACAAGAAGGAAAACAAAUACUCUGGUUCAAUCGUUGCCCGCUCUAUGGUUGCACGCCCCAUCAACCUCACGAAGUCGCAUCGAAGCAAACCCAAUGCAAUCUCCGAAGUCGAUGGAACGUCCAACCCUAAGAUCAUCGUCUCACAAGCAAAUUACGAAUUGGAUGGCGAGUCGCAAGAUGGACUGGGAUCCGGAAAAGUCCUUGUCGCGUCCAGUAAUAAUAACAGUAAAAAUCGCCAAUCUGACGAAUCUGUCACCAUAACUGAUAUCGACGAUUCUCCUGCCACCAAGCAAAGCCCCUUUGAUGAUCCCCAACAGAGAUCAAGCCCUCCUACCAUUCCAGAGGAGAGGGAAAGCCUCACAUCCGUCUCAAGCCACGACCACCAAGAUUCAUACCCUUUACAUGAACAAAGAACACAGCCAGAUUCCAACUCGUCUCUCGAGAGGAGCAUGAGCCCUUUUGAUGACCGGAAUGAAGUUAAGCCGUGA